AUGCUACCUACGAGUGAGAAUGUGGGCAUUCUGCACGGUUUCGUCCAGCAAUUUUCCAGGUGCUGGCGAUUCUACUUUUUCAUAGUCGAGUUCCCUCUAGUCAUAGGUUCGAUCAAGCAACUUUUCGGUAUCUACUACGAAGCGCAAUCGCUGUGGUAUCUCGUCCGUGGCGAUCCUGUAGGCUCAGUCGAGAAUGGCGCGAUGUUGCGGAGUUCGGAGUAUGUGCAAGAAUUGCUCUCGAGAUCGACGACAACAACGACUGGCUCUUCUUUUGUUGCCAGUGAAGAUCAAGGGAGAUUCAUGUUGCUCGCGAGUUUGAAGCUUCUCCUUGUAUUUUCCGGUUGCGCGCUCUGUACGCACUUGUGGAUUCAGCUUUUCGCGGCUGCAGCGGAUAUUUCAGAAGCCUGCUCGCGGGUACGAGCUGAAUGCUUGCAGGUGAGUCUCAAGCUCGUGCGAGUGGGAUCCAGAGAUGAGAGCGAGAGGGCGAAUAGAUUGUACGAAACCGCUCUGAGACUAAACACGGCGGUUUCCGCCUACGGGUGGGUGAUUGACUUUCACUUAGCGAUGUCUAUCUUCUACCCCGCCGCCACGAUCAUUACCGCCCUCUUGCCUCUGUUCUUCACAGGCUUCGGAGUGUAAUAGAUGAAAAACGUUGAAGGAAGUGACUGACAAGGUAGCUGGCAUAGAGUGCUCGUUGAGACGGGGCAACCGACUUGCGUGUGGAUUUUUGAGAAGGAAAGAUGGAGUUUUUUAUCUGAUACGAGACUCCCUGAUUUUGAAUCCCCCCAAACAAAAAGAAAUAUGAUG